GGUUUGAGUUAAUUUGUUUUUGCUGAUAAGUGCACUACUGAAAGUGUAUAUAAGUAGAAGUUGGACAACGUACACUUGCAGUGUUUAAAAAUGCAAUACUUGCAUAUCUUUGGGCUCUUGGUCUUUUUGGCCGCUUAUGGAUCAACCCUUGAACGUCGUGAUAGGGAAUUUUACGGGAUAUCUAAGGAGCAUGUUGGGCAGCUAACGAAUAUUGAAAAUAAAUGGGAUUCUAUGGAAUUUGUACAACACAAGAUAUCCUUGAAGCAGCCACAGAGAUAUAACCGAUUCAAACGUCAGUCCUUCACACCAUUUGAAAGGCGUGUGAUACGUUUACUACGUAAAUUGGGCUUAUUAAAAAGCGAUGCUGAACGACUGUUGGAUACCCUCGAAAAGGACAAGGAUCUGUUACGAAGAUUAAAGAAGUUACUCGACGAGGUGGACAGCGAACAUGAGACCAAGGACUUCCUUGAAGAUUUCUUCGAUUUAGUUUUUUUCAACAAAAUAUAAGCAGCUUUGUUUCUGUUGUUCGGAAUGAUAUUGAUGAUAUUAUUCUAACGUUCCAUAACAAUAUUGCCGAUUAAACCGAUAAAAAGGUAGUAAAUGAAUGCCAUAAAAUCGUUUAUUUAAAUUAUUUUAGAUAUUGCAAACAAUCUGAUUGCUAAUAGCUAACAAUGUCAUUAGGAUAAUCGUUUGGAUUAUUCUAAUCCCUCACUUCCUUCCACCCCCUCCCCGCCAUCACCCUCCCGAUAAUUAUCGAUAGUUUUGGGCACUUGUGUUGGACCAACUUAAAACACCGCACAAAUGAUUGCCAUAAAUUUGAUGGCAACAAACAACGACAACAACAAAGAGUAGCGCUGCCGCCCGCGCUUUCUCCGCAGUUCUCGCCAUUUCUCCGCUCUACUUUCUCCGCUCCUCUCUCCACUCAGUAAUGUGCCAACUGUUGAGUUUCCUUCCGCUUCCGAAUGCGAGCGCGAAAGAGAGAGAGAGCGAGAGCGAGAGAGGGUGUGAGACAGAGACGGGGCGAGCGGGAGUGUGUGGGCGGUGGGUGGCAAAGGGUGAGGGAGUGAGAACGAUACGGCCACUCGCUCGCUCGCUCGCUCUCGCUCUCUCUCCCUCCCUCCCUCUCGCUCUCUCGCCGGCAUCGAGGGCUGCUUACAGGUGUUUAUAGUACUUCGGCUUUUGCCGACCGCAGCCGAAGUUGCCGGCCGAGUGCUGGCCUCUCGCUCGCUCCCCUGCGUAUGCUCAAUAGCGCCCUCUCGCUCCCGGUCGCUUUAUAUUCCUGGCAAUGCGUCGCCUUCGCAUCAGUUUCAUUUGAACGGUCGACGAGGCGCGUUGUGCUAGGAAGAAAUAACUCAUUUAAAUAGCAGAACAGCCCAAGCUGGCCAAACAUUUCAAAGCAAAAUACCAAACUCUCUGGAACUCCCAAGUUCUUCAAAAACACCGACAUCGCCCAAAACACAACAAAAACAUCCCAUACCAUAAGAAAAACAUAAACAUACUGAAAAACUUACAAUAUCUAAAUAUAAAGUAACUAUUUUUUUGAUUGUGCUUCUAAGUGUUGUGCUAAAACUAUAUUAACUUGUACAAAUAUUCGAAAAUAUUCAAAGAUAUUCCAAAGUAUUUACACAAUACUUGAUAAAUAAGCUACGAUACAAACUCAAAACUAACUGUAAAACUAAGAUCCCGUUUUUGUGCUUUUUGAAUCCUAACUGUUAACGUGUAAAAGCACGCAAAAAUGUGCACGAAAUUUUCACUUGACUCGAACGACUGAAAAGUGCGUUCCAUUGAAAUGAAAAACUGAAGCGGUAAACCGAAGCGCGCGAAACUUUUGAUUAAUUAAAAGUAAAACAAAAAACCCAGAGAGCCGACCAAGAACUUCUGGCUUCUGGUGUCCCACAACGGCCACAGGAAUCGACAACAACAACAACAACGAGAGUCCUGAACUCAGCCGCAAAAGAAAAAAACUUUCCUACAGGAAGCUAAACAAACCGGAAA